AGAUGAAAGCACUCGGACAUUGCAAGGUUGAAGUGAGUUCCUUCUAGGAGCCGACAGAUGAUUCAAUUACGACUGCAAAGGAAUUUGGAGAUGACGAAUUGCGGGGACGUGUACGUGGAAAACGUGCAAAAGGUUUCGUCCGAAGUCUUCUUUCGAUCUUCUUCCCCUCGCGAUCCCGACUCUCGUGAUCGUAUGCAGCACACGGAUUGUGGCGAAGUCUCGUCUGAUUGUGAUCGGAUCAUAGAGCUCGAGAAUUACACAUGGUUGGAUUCCACAGCGUUCGACCAGAGAGCACAUGACAUGAACGAAUGCGGAGGAGAUUCGGUCCAGGAACAACGCAAUUCGACUGAACCUGAGAGUCCGAGAGAUGAAAGCACGACGACGAAGAAGAAGACGAAAGUCGGAGCACUGCGCGAGUUUUGGCUCGAAAAGCUCGACGGCAAAUCAGAAGCUCCGAGCAUUGUACGAGCCCCAUGCGCCGAUCCGAGCCCAGGGCUCCAAAAUGUGGAUGCCGGUGCCGAGAGCGGGUGCGAGACUUCACCACGGGGCGAAGAAACUCGGCUCUCUGUGCAGUCGGAAGCCUCCGACGCCAUAGAUCAGGCAAACACGUACAAGGACGUGGCGAUCUUUCUGCAAAUCUGCUCAGAUCCUUGCGAUUCCCCACGGCUCGAGUCUUCAGCCGCCCCCGACAAUGGAAGCCAAGAAUACGUGACCGUCAAAAUCUUCGCCCUCGACUUGAACAGAUCGAAUCCUCGAUCCAUGAAAGCACAAGUCGACGCCAUCGCUGCCGCCGCUGAGACUCCGCAGGCUGAACAGGACGAGGCCAAGCAUCCGGCGACACCUGAACUCGCCCAGCAGCACGAGGCAGACGACAGUCGAGAAGGUCGAGAAGUGUCGAAACCUCAGGGAUUCGACAUUCGUGAGCUGGAUGCAGACGACUACUCCAUGUACGAGCCGGGGAUGCCUGUGGCCCGAUUCCAACUCCGGGAAGGAGACGUGCUCAUCCUCACGGACUCGGCGGAGCCCUCGGACCUCGAUCCCGGUGGGUACGUGCGAUUCCACGUAGCAGGACGAGAACCAGCUGAUCCAUUCCACGAGGGCGACGUGGUGGUGCGAAUGGGCCGAUUCGAGCCCGACCCAAUCGAUGGAAGUACGCGCUGGGUUGCUUCGUCGAGCGUGGAGGUGUUCGUGCACAGGACGGACGAAUCUCCAGGCCUCUGGUUUCUGGCCGCCAGAGCGCAGAACAGGCGAUCUGCACACUCCGUCGACGACGACGACGACGACGCAGCUGAUGAUUUGCACGUCUCUUCGUCUGUGCUCUCGUGUGCAGUCGCGAGUGCGAGCGCAAGUGGAAGCACGAAGGAGGAGGACGGAGAUUUGAUCAUUCGCAUCGGGUUCAGCAAUUUCUGGCACGUCGUUCCCUGGGUCGCAGGAUUUCAGCGCCUGCCUCGAGACAUUCUCGUGCGCGCGAUCUACUUCCGCCUUCGGGAUAGUACAUUGGCAGUCGCUAACCUGUUCUGGGCAGACCACUGCAACUCGUACAUCUUCCAAGGCCGGCGCUCAGAAUUGUUUCACGGCUCGGUUUCGCGCGCAGACAUUCCCCAGGUUUUCAAAGGCUUUGGACUCCGUGUCGAUCACCAGCUCGACGAUUGUUCGUAGACGCUGCUAUCACGUGAUCGAGUUUUUGGACAUUGCAAUCUUUGCCAUCGGAAGUAUUCUCGAGUAGACCUUUCAAUCAAACGACACGUUUGACAAUAUUGUGUUACUUCAGAGUCAUGCCAUUAGAGUUGGACAAUCAAGCUGUCAAUACUCCCUCGAAUGUGUUCUGCACGAAUGCACUCGACCAUAGCUAGUCUGAAUUAUCAAUCAGUGACUGCGGUUGCAAUGUGCGCUCUGAGGUAGUUUUAAUUACUCAUCGCGCCACAUUGCCAUUCAUUUCCUUAUGGUGGUCUCGCUCAGCUUGCAAUUGUGAUAAUCUCGAUCAGAUUUCAUCGCGUUCGUUGCUCCACGAGUAUCCGAGAUUUGAGACAUAACUGUGACCAUGUCCAGUCAUGACAACAGUGGAUCGAGAAGGCAGACAGCAGAAGGCGAUUGCGACGACAGUGUGCGGUACCAAAUUUAGUGAACGAUGAGCGUACAAGCCCGACGAAAUCCUCGACAGGAUAUAUAAAUGUAGUUGAUGGCACAAAUCAGUAAACCCCGAAAGCCAACUUGAAAAGUGGUCUUUUUCAAUUCAAGUUGUGUAAAUAGUCUGAGUUGAUUUCAAAAUUAAACAAUACUCCACCAAAAUUUUAAAAUAAAAAUCAAAUGAAAAAGUUACAUAUUAUUUUUUUC